UGCGGAAAGUCCUGCUCAGCCGCUCUUAAAGCGACCUCCUCCUCCCCCCACACACCACACACCACCACCACCGCCCCCCCCGGAACUGGGGAGAGAAGACGGGGAAUCGAUUUGUGGUGUUCCGAUGAGAUCGGCCUCGGUCGCGUAUCUCGGUGUGCAUCAGGAGGGUGGGUGCAUCGUCCUCGUCACCGCGUGCGACCCUCCCGCGCGCCUGGGCGGGCACGAUGAUGACCGAGGUGUCCAUCGUGGAGGCGUACGACGCCCACCUGUUGGGCAGCCUCGUCCAGGAGGAGGAUGAAGACCGCGACCUGCAACGCGCCCUCACGGCGGGGAGACUCGCGGUGAUUGCUGCCAGGGCCCCCCACUCCACGGCGCCGGAGGACGUCCCGCUGGGACCCCACGGCGAGCCGGCCAGCCUGGGGCACAUAGAGGAGUCGGCUCUGCGCCUCUCUGCGCUGAACCUGCGCCUGGAGCAGGAGAACGACGACCUCGCCCGGCAGAUCCUGCGCGACAAGGCCUCACUGCGGGCCCAGCUCGACCUGGUGGAGAGCCGGGUGGAAUUGCUGACUCAGCAGCUGCAGCUGUUGGGUGUGAGACUCAAGGAGACGGAGGAGGAGAAGAGACGCGCAGACACGGAGACAACGCAGCUGAAGGAGGUGUGCAGGAGGGAGUUGAGCAGCGUGGAGCGAGCGACCGUCGCCAACCACGACGCCAUCGCCACCCACAAGCAGAUGAGCUCCAGACUGAGUGCUCAGCUGGAGGAGCUCUCUGAAGACGGACGGAGGAGCAUGGACCUCGUGCGGAGUCGAUCUCAGGCGUGCGCUCGUUGCUCAGCCCUGCUCAGUGGCUUACUGAAGCAGCGGCAGCAGCAGCAGCAGUGGCAGCAGCUUUCUGUGGCCCAGACCUCGCCCAGUUCCGACCCAGCAGAACUCCACCACGAGACUCUGGAGGAGGAGGUGGUGGAGGAGGUGGUGGCUCUGGAGGAGGAGGAGGUGGUGGAGGAGGAGGAGGUGGAGGUGGUGGCUCUGGAGGAGGUCGUGAGAGACUCCUCGAGUGAGCCACAGGAAGACGAAGACGUCGCGCUCGAACCCCGCGGCGACGAGGUGAAGGUGGAGGAGGUGGAGGGUGACUGCUCGCUGGAGCCGCUGGGAGAGAGCAUCUCAGCUGGAUCCCUGAACAAGGAGGUGGAGGAGGUGGUGGUGGACAAGGUGGUGGUGGAGGUGGUGGACAAGGUGGUGGUGGAGGAGGAAGAGAUGAAGGAGGUGGAGGUGGAGGGUGACUGCUCGCUGGAGCCGCUGGGAGAGAGCAUCUCGGCUGGAUCCCUGAACAAGGAGGUGGACGAGGUGGUGGUGGACAAGGUGGUGGUGGACAAGGUGGUGGUGGACAAGGUGGUGGUGGACAAGGUGGUGGUGGACAAGGUGGUGGUGGACAAGGUGGUGGAGGAGGAGGAGGAUGGAGACGCGUUGAGGAGCCGGCUCGGGGUCGUGCAGCGCGAGUUGGCCGCCUCCAAGCUCCGGCUGGUGGAGGCCGAGUGCACGAUCCAGGACCUGCAGCACCGCCUCUCCGUCACGCGGCACGAGCUGGGCGCCAAACGCAUCUCCCGCUUUUUCACUCGACCUCAAAGCUCCACCACCUAGCGCUGAACACCCCCAACCACCCCCCGCGAUGGUACAGUCCCAAUAGGUCGGCGUUCAUUGCGGGCCCGUGCCAAGUGUAGACUGUGCCAAGUGUGGACUCCAUUGAGCAGAAAAGGGAGAUUUUUAACUUAAUUCAGUUUCACUUCCAGGAUUUUGUGUAAAUUAUUAUCCACCCCCCCCCCCCAGUCGCAUAUAUUUUAAUGGUAUAGUCUCAUUAGCUCGAGUUGCUCGGUGGGAUGUACUAACUUAAUGGAUGAAUAUUCUAGGGGUAGAGGCAAUGAUUUUAUAUCCUUCCCACAAUAACUUAAAUCCACUUUGGGUAAUCGUAAGUGAAGUUUGUUGUCUCUCAUUGAGAGGGGGUUUUGUUUUAAAAGUCUUGAGUACCCCCCCCUCCCCACAAUGUUCCAGUAAUGAUUGAGUCCUAAUCAGUAAACCUAUGCACGGACGAUACCAAUGUUCGUUACUUAGCUAUGAAGGGUUGUGUGGGGGGGGAGGUUACCCUCCAUUAGUUCCUUAAAAUAUUUUAGCUAUUUAACGCCAAUAAUGAUGCAGUCUUCUUGUGCAAGUAGCCAAACGUCUGUUUACUUAAAAUGUUUUCCCCUAAUUAGCCUAAUCGUGGCGUCCGUCGUUACUAUUAUAAAAACUAAUUCUAAAUAUCGCGAGGGAAGCUACUUUUUACGGGCACCGCCAGGGCCAAUCGGGAGCCGGCAUUUUAGUCACGCGGUGCCCUCUGAGCCAAUGCGACGCCGACUUAGAACGAGAUUGUAGAACUGCAAUUUACUUGAGAUUAUCAUAAUAACGUUGAUUCAUUACGAUAAUUGUUUCGUCGGUUAACUGUGGCGUAUCGAAGUGUAUGUAUUUUCGUUGUUGUUGUUGGCAAUGCAGGAAUGUUAAUUUAUACUUGUGUGUGUGUCCUUGCAUUUAACCAUUGGUGAGGCAGUAUCUCUUUGAGAUUUCAGGGCGAAAGCGCAGCCCCUGCAAGUUCCUUGCCAGUCCCAAUGCUGGUGGAAGUGACCUCGCUCGAUAGACCGAGAGAGAGAGACACGGGCGGACACGCACCACAUCCUGAUUUGAUCUACUCUUGCUACACGCCGGCCAGUGAUUUGCGUCUUGCGAAGCUGACAUGGGAGCUGCCCACCACGUGAUCCCACCACGUGACCCCACCACGUGGUCCCACCACAUGACCCCACCACGUGACCCCACCACGUGACCCAACCAAAGCUCCCCCGUGUAACCUGCGACACUAUUGGGGCCAAGUGCCGUCACUAGCGAGCAGCACCCACGAAGGCCGGCACGGCGCGCGAGGGGCCGGGUGGCCAGCGCCACGCCCGGCCGCCUUUGUCUCCCCGGUGGCGGCGAUGUUUACUACACACCGCACCAGGUUACUCAUUUGAGGCCGAGUCGACCUAGGGAAGGCCCAGGACCGGUUCGGAUAAUCGUCGCCGGGUUCGUAGCGCAGUGCGCUGACCGCUGCCGCACCACCGCUCUCCAGAUACGAGCAGAAAUUCCACGUUCCCAUGGUGGGGUCCCAGGCUGUCCUGCAGCUUUGUCCCAAUUGGCCGCCUCUCUCUCUGGAGCGAGAGAGCGAGAGA